UUUUCAGUGAUCAGACGAAGCGAAGGGUAUAAAAUGACGCAGGAAAGCGACGACCUUCUCGCAAUGGUGUUCUCGGCACCAAUCAACUUGCCUCCGACACAGGUCAAAAGCGAAGGUGGUGAUGUAGUCGUGACAUCCAGCACCACAGUCGAGACCCAUGAAACUGUGGUACAUGCUGAAUCAAAGCAAACAUCGUCUUUUCACCAGGAAAGCCAUUCGGAAAGUCAUCAGUUCUCGUCAGGAGGGCACAUUGAGGAACAUCACAGCAUUGUGGAAAGCGAGCGAGACCGUACGGCAUCAAACGCUAAGUCAGCAGCUUCAUCUGUUUCUAUGCACAAGACAACAGAUGCAAUAGGUGAAGCAAAAGCGGUAUUGUCACAGUCGUACGGCAUGGCCAGAGGAAGAGUUGCGAGCGAUGACGAUCGGUCCUCCAUGGCUAUGAUGUCGAGUGAAAGACUAGUUGAUGCUGCUCCACCAAAUACUAGCCUUUCGGUCAAGAGCGAAGCGUCUACGACCGUGGUUCCAGUGCGCAGCUCGGAUCACGACGCAGUCAUUGAGCAGUUCAAAAAUUUGCAUCGACGUGAGGACAGUCAAACAAAGCUGGAGGGGCUCGAGGUUUUAGUGUACCAGGAGUUCGAGGGUGUACCGCUCGGAGCAACGGACGCCGUCCAAGUUGAACCCCAGAGGGUGCUCUACAAGGACAGGGACGUCUCUGUGCAUGCCGAGAGCGAGGGAGAACCAUCCUUCACAUUUGACAAGGUCGACUAUCCAGCAGAACCUGUGGGAACCGACUACUUCACGGACGAGCCACAGUUGGAUGUCUAUCGCGAGGAGAAGACUGCCACCACCACGACUACUCGAGUUGAGACCAGUGAUUACAAGAAUGGCUAUAGGAAGGAGACUCAAAGCUCGAAUGCCUCUUCGAUUAAGGAGCCUGCUCCGCAGCAGCGCUCUUCUCAGGCUCAGUGGGGCAAAGAAAAACCAUACAAUCCCUACGCGGAGGUGGUAGAGUCGAAGGAAUCACUCAACAAAUCAGACGACGAAGUGUCAGUGCCACAUGUGGUUCGUCCCAGAGUCCGCGACGAUCCUCGGCCAGUGGUACUCGAUCGAGGAGUUUAUAAGGUCACCGAAUACAAGUUCAAGUCCAGAAGUGACCAAGAUCACGGUGGAGAGUUCAUCGAUGACGAAGCAAAAAGACAGGCCCAGACUCGCUACACAUACGAAGAGCGUAAUCGUGGACGAACGGACACCCAGGAGGAGGUUGAGAUCCGCACUAGAAUGCACGACUCGCCGGCCUCAACCCUCGUUCGCCAGUCAACACGCCCUAAUAUGGAUCUUCCACCAAACACUGGAGCUGUGAAAUAUCUUCGUGACAGGAUAGAAAUGAGCGGAAACAACAACAACGAGCAGAAAAAGACAACAAAACGUAUCGAUAUCUUCGAGAGCUUGAACCAGACUCGUGGAGCCACGAAUCAGUACAAUCAACCGGUCGAGGAGGUGCGCGUCGACGAGAGAGAACUAUACGACCCCUAUGCAGACGUGCAGCGCAGCACUUUCCAGUCGAAACAGUCCGAACAGGCGAACCAACGCGUAGUCAAUCAGACGUCUACAAGGCAAACGUACAUCCAGCGUGAACCGCAAUAUCAGCAGAAGCAGGUCACAAAGACGGUAACUCGUACUACGGGGCAGAACCAACACCAGAAUUCUGGACCACUGCAGUGCACUUGCAACCAAUGUGCCAUACACGGAAAACAGAUUGCAAAUGCGAGUGCGGCGAGAGCCCAGGAAAUGCAAGAACUCUCCUACAAGCCCGCCGGCUACGGGACCUACCAGAACACCCUUACUCAAGGGUCAAACAAGAAAGGAGGCACGGUUGUUGUGCAGAAGACAAUAGCGAACCAGUACGAGGACAACAGGGCACACAAGCGCUCCUCGUCUGUCCAUCACGUUGAGGAUACUACACGCCCAACGGGAGUACAUAUCAGUGGCGUCGUGGGCAAUCCGGUGGACACCAGAACAGCUCAGGGAGAAGUGUACACAACAAGAACUUCCAGCUACGUACCGCAUGAUCGAUAUGAUACUCAGGAGAGGCAGAUGACAUUUUCGCCAGUAUCGUCUCCGACGCCAGUUCCGCUAACGGGCAUGUCCAGAGACGAGAAGUUCAACUCCGUGAGAGUAGUCAAGAACGUGCGCGCUUUCGUCAAUGAAUGGGGCCAAAAGGACUUUGUGCCCCCUGGUAUUGGUGCUAAUGCACCGUUGUCACCUCGAGCUGUGGUUUCUCCCACAUUCUCGGAAACUAGAGUCACGUCGACCAUGCAGCAAAAUGUUACCCAACCUGCGCAGACAACCACUAUAACAACCACGCAAACAAAGCAGCAGACGAUUAUAAACAGAGAAGCACGAGAACUUGGCAAGGGAGAUGCUAAUGUCAAUCAGCAGCUCGUUACGCCCACUGCACCAGUCCCGGCCAAGCGGGAAUCGGUCGUUGUUGCACGUGCACGUUCAGCAUCACCUGCAGUCUUGGAACAUCCACUCUACCACCACGAUUACCACUGCUGUUGCUGCCCAUACAUGCAUCAUGAGCACUAUCCGUGCGCACAUGCUCAUCAACACUGUGAAUUUCUUGCACACCCACCCGAGUGCCCAUACUGUAUCCAGCAGCAGCAGCAGCUUCACCUCCAGCAACCCUAUAAAGCACCGCAGAAAGCGUUGACUUACAAGAGCCAACAAAAAGUUCAGCCGACGCUCAAGUAUGAAAACUACGCUACCAUCCCCAAAGUGGAAGAACAUCGUCUGGGAACCCAACAGCCUCCUGAGGAGCACAGAGAAGCAGAAGAAGAGGAAUCGUUCACACUGGUGCCCGUCUCCGUUCGUCGAGCCGAUUACGAGCAGAAGUCUGGUAUUCCCAAGAAGAAAGUUACCAACAUGAAACCAAUGUUUUCGUUGGGAUUUCCAAACUGUCUCAGUACGUUCCAGAAAUGUGAUAAUAACUUUCAACAAACAACAACUCGAUGA